CCAUGAGGAACGGCGAUGACCUGGAGGGCUUCGACGGCGAGGCGUCCAGCGCCUCCAUGAUCUCGGCGGCCAGCAGCCCUUACCAGCCCACCACAGAGCCCGUCAGCCAGCGCCGCGGGCUGGGCGGCCUGCGCUGCGACCUGGACUACCUGCGGGGCACCUUGGGCAGGCUGAAGCUGGCCGAGGUGCUUUUGGCACUGACCGCGUUCAUCUGCAUAGAGACCAUCAUGGAAUGCUCCCCUUGCGAGGGCCUUUAUUUCUUUGAGUUUGUGAGCUGCAGUGCACUGGUGGUUACUGGAGCUCUCCUGCUUUUGUUCAGUCUGAACCUUCACACAAGAAUACCCCAGAUCAACUGGAAUCUUACUGAUCUGGUCAACACUGGAGUCAGCACUUUCUUCUUUUUCAUUGCCUCUGUAGUACUGGCUGCUUUAAACCAUAAAACUGGAGCAGAAAUUGCUGCUGUGGUGUUUGGUUUUCUGGCAAUGGCAGUGUAUGCUGUGAACACGUUUUUAGCAGUUAAAAAGUGGCGGGUGAGCAGCAGGCAGCAGAGCAGCCGGCAGAGCAGCGACUACAUCCGCGCUCGGACAGAGUCCAGGGAGGUGGUGCAUCGCCCCGAGAUCCUGCGCCUGGACGCGUGAGAGCCACCCUCAGAUGGGACUGAAAGGGAAAAAAGCACUCAGCUCCCUCAUGGAAUAAGGGUUUUUGCUUUAUUUAAGGAGGAAAAGGUGGAUCGAGGGUGGCGGAGGAUGCCCAGCCCUGCACGUGCGCAGAGAUGCUUUGAGCCAGAAGCUGCUGUCAUGGAGGCAGAAAAUGUUGUUUGUUCAAAAGGAAGAUCCCCUCAAGACCUCCAGAUAUAUACGUGCAUAUAUUAUAUAGCUCAUAGAAUAUAUAAUAUAUGUCUGUUCUGAAGUAUGCCAUUGUUUUGGAUUAACUGCACAGCAGUUUUCCUUCCCCCUCUGAAGAUGCACUGUUCUUCACCUGCCCCAGAGACAGAGCAGCCCUGCCCUGGCUGGCUGAGCGAGGAGGGACAUCCACGGGAGCAGCUGGAACAGCCACGCAUGCCAAGGAGCCAGGGGCACUCAGCAAUAACUCAGCCGUGUGCCAGCCAGCCAGAGGGGUCUGUCCAUCCCAAACUGUGUCUGUGUGUCCUGCUCCCUCCUGCCCUGAGGCUGCUGGAGACCGUUCCACGCCUUCCCACGGCUGGGAAAGGGCAGCUGGCCACUCUGGGCUGGGCUGGGCUGGGCUGCUCGCUGCUGGCCACGGGGAUGCACUGAGUGUGAGUAGGUGCUUGUCUGCUCCUGUUGGGAAACAUUCCAGUUCUCAUUCCAAAGUGGGAAAAUAAAUAGGUUUAGGAGACAGGGUGGAGAAAAGGGGCUUGAGGGAUGCAGUAGAGAAUGAAGGGGUUGUCAUUCUAUAGACUUACAUUCCUGCCAUAGCUUUAUUUUUCUUUCUCUUUUUAUUUUUUCUUUAUUUUUUGUUUUAAGGUUCAGCAUUUCUAGAAGUUUUUGCUAGAGCUUGCUUUCCCUGUAAGACCAGGGUAAGUAAGAACUGGCAAAAAUUUAUGUGCUUUUAAAGUGUUCCUAAGGUUGCAAUGUUGUGGUUCAUGAGGGUAAAUAUUUCUUUUUGGAAAAAUGGUUGUUCUGAAAUUAAACCUAAAUUGGUAGUAGAUAAACCUGAUUUUUUAUUUUAACUGGGUGUUUCUUCAGAUUUAUUCCCCUUAUGUUUCUUUGGAAAAUGAAUUUAGUUAAUUGGAAAAUAAUAUGAUUUUAUUGAUUUGUUUAGAAAUAGUUUUACUUAGCUGAAGUUUUUUUUUUUUAUUAUUUUCUUUGUACUUCCAGUGAAUGAAUUAUGUUUUCUCUACUCAGAAAUCAAAUUCAGCAGUAAUUGGCUAGACCAUGUCACAAUAUUAUUAGGAAGAUGUCUCUUGAUAUUUUUCUGUUUCUUUGGUGUCUUUAUCUCUACAGUGCAUUAUUUGGCAUUUGUGUGCCUGUGUGAAGACAGUGUGUGGGAGGAGAUCUCUGGAGCUGAACUCCUUUGUGGUGUGAGGAAAAUGAAAAUGUGUGCAAUUAGUGGAACUGUUUGCCUGAGUUUGUGUGUCCUGCUGGAGCUGCACUGCUCAGGGUGAGUGCAGCCCCUGGAGCCUUAAGAACAACAGGCUUAAUUGUGGAUAAGUUGUUUAACCAUGAAAACCAAGUUACACCAAACAGGAGAUCAGGAGAAGUGCCUGGGCUUUUAUAAUACUGGAGGGAGCUGGGAUAGUGAAAGUGUGAACCUAAUGCUGCAAUAUUCAAAUUGAGCAUCAGAGAAUUAUUUCAGUGAGUGAAAAAAAAGUGACAAAAGUGAUGCCUUUUCAUUUUCCAUGUAUUGACAUCUACAGUGCAUUUCACCUUAGUGGCUAAGAUGGAGAUUAAAAUUCAGAGUUACUGAUGAGGUUAAGGAAAAUUUGCAUUUUCUUAGUGAUUGAUGGUUUACCACUUCCUACAGUAAUAUUUUAUUGUGCUUUAUUGGAUGCAAUGCCAAAGGGAACAGCAGUUUAAAAGGAGAUUGAACCAACUCUUGGAGCUGGAUUAGAACAGAGACGUUGCACAGAGGGUUGUCACACCUGGGUGCAUUCCCUGAGCAGCACAUGGCAAUUCCAUGGCCUGUGUGGUAAGGAGUAACAAUUUGUUAUUGCCAGAAGUGCUGUGACAGCCCUGCUGUUUGCCAGCACUGCCCAGGACUGGCAGAGUUUGCAAUGUCAAUUAUUAAAAGACUUUUUAAAAGUUGCACAAGCAUACCCAGUCUGGAAUUGUAAACUGCCAUCAAAGCAGUUUGUGUAAAGAUUAUGGAAAACCCCAAGCAAACCAAAACCAAAAAAACCCUAAACAUCCCACACCAAAAUGAAGCCAAACCCACCUACAGAAAAAUGAAAUAGAGUUCUCCAGAAGAUCCAUGCUUUUAGAGUGGAGCUGCUGUCUGCAGUCAGGGAGCAGGAUGGUGUUGCACAGGGAUUUUGUCAGGAGUGUGUCCUGUCACUGGCCAGGGCUGAAGGAGCAUUCCCAGAUCCUCUCCUGUGCUCCCAGGCUCAGUGUGGUUGGGGCAGAGCUCUGGGAGCUCUCGUGCCUCUCUAGGUUUAUGAAUUUGGUACCUUUCAAACCUUUCCUGGCCUGGCAAAAGGGUAACUCGGGGGUUUUCUGUGGUGGGAGGUCCCAGCCCCUGUUGAGCUGCAGUGACAGGAGCAGAGUGGGGCAGUCACACCUCAGGGGCAUCCUUGGGCAGUGGGGCUGGAAUGGCUGCUGCAGGAGGGGUGAGUUUCUUCAGCUGGGAAUGCCAGUAUUUAUUACUCACAUCAUGCCCUGAGCCUAGCACUGCUCUCAGGGUGGAAUCCAAAAGAGAACAGUGAUUUUAAAAAUACUGUCUGAUUCACUUCGUGAAGCAAAAGCAAAUGUAAAUGUGUAAUUUCCUUAUUUUUUGGGACCAAAGAUGAUUUUAGUAUUGUACAGUAUAUACUUUCUAAAAAAUCUUAAGCACUUACUGCUCUGCAGAGACAUUAUAUACUAUGUGGAUUAUAUAGAAGGGAAAUAAAGUGAGAAACAACUACAUUUGAAAUACUAAGAUAAUUUUAUGUAUACAUGGUUCAUUCCCCUGGAGUUAAUUUUACACAGUGUAUUGGAGAGGUACUUUUUUAAGUGUUAUCUAAACUGCAGUCACACAAAAAAACCCUUAAGGGAGAAAAGAGGGUAGAAAGUUUAAACUUUUUUUAAACUUGCUUAGAAAAGUGACAUUAAGUUGCUUCUCUCAGCCAGUUAGUCUUGCUUGUAAUUGCUAGCACAUAGGGAUAAUUUCUUUUAGUCCUUGGGGGUGCUGUUUAGCUCCAUAAAAGAGACUCAAGUCCCACUGUAAACAGAACUAAAUUAAAGCAAACAGUUGAACAGGAUGCUUAAACAGUAAUGGUUUGGAUGAGUCCCCUUUGGUCAAAGAGAGCCCUUAGACCUGGAAUCUUUGUGUAUUUGUGGGUGUAGAAUUGAGUAAAUUCUGCAGCCUGUGCACAGACAGGGUGAUCAGGAAGCUCUGGCUGCAGCAGCAGGGUGGGAGCUGUCGCUGGGUGCUGCCAGAGUCUGUUUGCCUCUCCCUGCUCAGCUGAGGUUUGUGCCAUGGCCUUGUGCUGUGCAAACAGCCCCAGCAGGAGCUCCUAAACCCACACAGGAACUCACUUAUGUGUCUGAGUGAAGCCAAUUCCUUCUUUCUCUCCUGCUUUUCCUUUCAUUUGGAAUAUUCGUGCCUCGUGGAUCAAAUGCUUUAAUAUUUAAUUCUUGCUCAGCCUUGUUUGCUGGUCUGUGUAGUGUCUGCUGCAGUGCCAGGAAGAUCAGAAUGUGUCCAACAUCCCUUUCUUUCAGAUGUGGUGCUCUUCCCUUUCCUGAUGGCUUCAGAGGCUGGGCUGGGUGUUCUUUCCCGUGGGAAGCUGGUGCUGGUGUGAGAUUCCUGGUAGGAGCCACAUGCUUGGAGCUUGGGAGGGGUAGAGAGUGAUCUCCCUGUGCCUUCUGAGAGACAGGCACUGGCUCCAGGGAGCUGACAUUUCUGUGCUGCUCACUGGAUUCAGGAGCUCAGCAUCAGCAAAUAUCUGUGCCUUGGCAGCAGCUCCUCACCUUGCAGUUAUAAGGUGUCUUCUACAUGGGAUUUCAAUAAAGGAUCAGUUGCUCUUUCAUUGGCUUUGUCACGUGUUGUGACCAACACUUUGUGUUUGUUCAUCACUCUGUGUCUCACGGCACGCUCUGGUGUUGUUUCACCUCUCUGUAUUUCAUUGCUGCUUCUAGAAAGAGGAGGGGAAGGUUCCCACUGUUCCUAAGGCAGUAGUUUAUUUCCCCCUGUGAAUUGUUGUGUCCCAUGUGCUGAUUGUCCCCUCCCAGCAGGGCAGUCAGUGCUUCCCCAGGUGCUGUGGGUACAGCAGGAGAGGAUCUGCUGCAGGCACUGCGCUGCUCUGGGGCAGUUAACCACCAGAUCUGCAGGAGCUUUAAAGUCCCUAAAUUAAUUUGGGAUUUGUCACCUCUCUGCUGUUUUGGGGGUGUGCAGGCACAGCAAAUGCUUACCUAAUUUGUGGCUUUAUUAAUGCAAUCCUUUCUUCUUCCCUUUUGCUCAGGCCUCUUUCUGUAUCUGUUAUGUUCUUGUCUCAUGUCAACUUUUUAAUGAUUUCUACUUGUUUUCUUAUGUGAGGGGAAGAAACCACACCAAAAAUCUAAAAUAAGCAAGAAUAAUGGUUUUAGGGCAUAAUUAAAAAAUGGAACCAAACUUAAUUGCAGUUCAGAUAGUGUAGGAAAUAAUAUCCUCUGUCCUACUCAGCUGGGAUACUGAACAGCUUUGUCCAUGGAGGAGCAUGAAGAACAGUUCCUGUCCUGAAAGCUCUGGAACCAAGAAUCUUCAGCAGGCAAUCAGGAUAAUAAAGAGGCACAGCCUGAUAGGGAAUUGGAGAUGUGAGAAGGACAUUUGACAAUCCAGUGCUUUCAGAGUGAGACAUGAGCAGUAAGAACCCUCAGUGGCCACUGCAGCCAUGGUGAUCUCAGGGGCUGGGAAGGGGCUGGGAUUGUCCAGGGGGGGAUCCAGGCUGGUCCCUGCUCAGCCCCAUGGGAAGGAGUAAAUCCAACCUCUGGCACUUCUGAAAAUCAGGCACUAGGCUCGUGUUAUUUGUAGCAUGAAAUAGUGGAUUGUUCAUUGUCUGGAGGCCAGCAAAGCUCAGAAUUACUGUGCAGAUCGAGGUGUUCUGUGUGUGAGUUUUAUGGGCAACAAAAGCAUUUUAAAAUGAUCCUGAAAUCGGUACAAAAAUGCAUGGAAUGUGUGAAAAUACUUCGUAGAAAUUAUGCCAUGUUCCUCUCUUUAUUUUGACAGAGGGACUUGGUUAAAAUGAAUUUUUACAAAUACUCAGGAAAUCUUUGAAUGACAUUUUAGAGGAUUUUCCUGGUAUAUUAUUUUCCCUGUCAGCCACUUGGCCACCUUGAUAGAUCUGCUUGACCAAGUCAGAGUGGUGCUGUCCAACCUGAAAGGGUUCCCUUGUUUUGUUUUGGUUUUUUGUGUUGUAUUUUAAAAAAUUGUCUAUAAUUUAACCAUUUUUAUGCUAAAAAUAAUCUUUAAAAAAAAUCUGCUUACACUGUGAUUUCUGGUAGCCUUUAAUUUAGACUAUACAACACAAUCUAAUUUUCUUUUGGGAUAUGCAGCUUUCAUAAGUGUUAUAAGUGUUCUUAUAUAUGCCCAGAAGUGAAAGUUGUCUAUUUAUCAUAGGAAUGUGAUUAGAUAAAGUAACCUAUCCAGAAUCCCAGUGCAGCUCUUUCGUAUGUGCUGGAUGGAGGAGUUAGUAAAAUUGCCUUUUAAUCUCUAUGGGUUAAUAAAUAUUUUUUUAUAAUUAGACACAGAUAUUCCUUUUUAAAUUAUACUUGGCAAACAGAAGGUAUUUAAUUUUAUAUACAAUAUACAUAGUUACCUUGAUUGACAUAUUUAUAACAUAGAGCUUUGUGUUUACUAUGAAGGUUUUAUCUGUAUCCCAUGGACUUCAUGGGUAAAACUUUAAAAAGCCAGUUAGCAUUUAUGGAAGGAUAUGGGAACUUUCUUCAUGGCUUUAGAAUGAGGACAUAGGAGCAUUUAAAAGGCAAUAGCCAGAUUGUUUUACAGAUUAUCUGGGGGGGUUCUUAUUUUUUGAUUGGGGCUGGUCCCUGCAGCUAUUUUAAUAACAUCUGGAUGUGAGUAACAGAAUGGAAUAUGAGCAUCUGCCUCUGUCACAGGCUGUUGUCUAGAGCACAGGAAAUUUCAGAGUAUUGUAUUGUUUUGUGUCAGACAAAUGUCUCAGUAGACAGAUUUAAUUAAAACCUUCAUGUGUCUGAAAGAAAACAUCUUCUCUUAACUAGGCUGAUUUGUCAUUUUUGGUACCCUUUUAAUCCCCAAAGUAGUGUUGUCUAAAUAUUUUUAGUGAUGUUCCAGCUAUCCUGAUGUCUGCAGGUUAAAGUGAUUCUGGCUAGCACCCUUUUAUUACAACAAUGGCUACCUUCAUUUUUCUACUGUUUCUACUUUAAUCUUGAAUGUUUACCGGUUUCUAUUGUCGGAUCUUGUGGAGGGAGAGUGUCUUAGCACUACAGCUCAUCCAGCUUUAACUCAUGCAUCACAGUCCUGGAGUAAGAAAAUAUUUUGAAUUAUAUAUUGUGGCCAAUUUAUUGCAUUUUAAAAUGAUUUCUAUACUUUAGACACAACAUUUAUGACAUAAUAGGAUGAAUGACUUAGCUAAUCAUUAUAUCUGUCUAGACUUACUCUCUUCUGUGUUAGUGUUAUUUUGAAACUAUUUGUAUAUGUUGAAAUUUGUAAGGGUUCAGGAACCCACAAUAAAAUAGUAAAGUAUGUAUUUAUUUCUCAUUAUAAUGGUAAUUUUGAUUUGGAAGUUGACACUUUGUAUGUCUUUUCACAGAAUUGUAAACAAAUACCGAAAAACUGCUUCACCUAGGGUGCCUUCCAUGUGUGGUACAAACACUUGUCAUUCACAGGAAUAGAGAUGUAAAUUUAUUAAUCCAGUAAACACUAUUUUUGUAAUGUGAGUCACUAACGCAGCUCUGGCCUCGUUGUGCUUUGUUCCCACCACCACCAGGUUGAUGGCUACUGUGGUCACUGCCUUCCCUCCCUGUGUGCACUAAAUCUGACCCUGGGGAAUCACAGCUUGUGUCUCCUUUGCUCUGCCCUCAGCUGCCCCCAGCACAUUUCUGGUGCUCCACAUUCCCUUCCCUGGCCUUGUGGAGGGAUGCUUAGGGGAGUUUGUAUCCUCAGGGCUGACUCUGGCUCCUCUGGACAGGCUCUGAAGCCCAGUCCAGACAUUCCAAUUCUAGCUCCUAAUUUGUGAUUUCCAGCUUCUGAGGAGGAAGCAUCCAGGCCUGACCAAAAGACUUCAUCCCUCUGGGUUAUGGGUGCUGUAUUGCCAGGUUUGUAAUUGCAAACAGCUCAGAGGUACUGUGGAAAUAACAGGUUAGAAUUCCAUUCAGGCUAAGCAAAGGGGAUGCACUUUUCCUUUUAUCAUGAGCACAAGUCUGCUGUGCAAUACCCUUGGUACUUUGCUUUUGCAGUAGAAGCUGCAGUGUUCUGUCCUGGAGGACCCUUGGUGCAUCCCCUGUGUGGUGCCAGGGCAGCUCCUGCCUGUUGUCCUGCCCUGGGGACUGAGACCAGGGCUCCCCUGAGCACCAGAUCCUGCUACAGGACUGGAGAGUUUCAGCAGGCAGCACAUUCAUUCCCCUGGAGACAAUUCCCAGCCCUGGAGGAUUUCCCAUUGUUCUGCAGAGCCCAGAGCCCGUUGCUGCAGCAGCUGCUUCAAGGUGUUGUCUCCAGCUGGGUGCACCUUCCAGCUGUGCCCACAGCUGGACCUUGCUGCUGGCAGAGCAGCUGCUGGCUCUGGGUGGGAAAGAUGUCCUGGGAAUGCUUGAUCAAGCUCAAAAGCAAGGUACUCUACAAGAGAACACCACCUCCAGCUUGUUUCUACACCAGUAACCAUCUUUCAGUUGUUGUGUUCUUUCUGUCGGUGUCUGUGCUAAUCAGGAAACACAAGCUGAAGAAUUGUAAAGUCUUGCAAUAUACAAAGCAGUCUUGGUUUUAAAAUCCAUGCUGUUGCAGCAUAAUUUAAGUGAUGUAUUUAUCAGUUUUAAAUGUCAUUUUGCUUUUCCAGUCUUUUGUAUAUGGGCACAAUACUUUUUGUAAAUUUUUUUUUUUAUUUAGUUGUCUUUCUGUCUUUCCUUUCUGGUACUGGAAGAUUUGAGCUCUCUGGGUUUUCACGGUACUAUUCUGAUCAUUCUUCAUAGUGGUAAAAGUCUGUAUUUUUGUAUGUAGGAGAAAUGGUAGUUUUCUAACACUUAGCCCAAUCAAUAUAGUAUGGAAUCAUUUGUGAAGGACUUCUGUUUAAUAAAUGGACAUAUUAAAGUACUAAAA